UUUUUAAAAGUGUUUAUUACGACUUAGAUCUGCAUCAAAAAUUGAAUCCUGCUUUGAAGUAAAUCCUCAUCCUCUCCGAUUUAACAUUGCGCACCUUUAACCUCUAGACAGAAGAUGCCUCUCCCGGACACUAUGUACUGCGCCCAGCAGAUCAACAUCCCUCCAGAGCUGCCCGACAUCCUGAAACAGUUCACUAAAGCUGCUAUUAAAACACAGCCACACGAUGUGCUGCAGUGGGCUGCUGCAUAUUUCUCAGCAUUAUCGAAGGGCGAAACUCUCCCAGCCAAGGACAGGCUAGAAAUGCCAGUCGCCACACAGAGGACAGACCUAGGACUCACACCAGGUCUGCUCAAGGUCCUCCAUAAGCAGCUUUCACCAAAGAUAACUGUUACAAAAGAAGAGUUAGAGCAGAGGUGGAAAGGUCUGUGCCUGCCCGUCGAACAGCUGGAUACAAUGCUAGCGCUUGGAAACUUCGAUGCAGAGGCUGACUGGAUGCAGUUCUUUGCACUGUGUUGCAGUGCUUUGGGUGGGACCAUCAGCAGCGCUUUGAAGUUUGCAUGUGAAAUACUUACUGAAGACCCAGCGGGGGGAGCAGCUCGGAUCCCCUUUGAAAUGUUUGCCAGUCUGUACACGUAUCUGGCCCAACUGGAUGGAGACAUUCCUCAGGAUCAGAUCGAAAGCUUUCUGCUCAGUCUGCAUGGAGCUGUGGCAAAGCAAAAUGGCAUGAUCCAGGUAUCCGAUUUCUACAGACGCAAAAAAUAAACCCUUCAGAUCUUCAAGAGACGCGGAAGCACAAGAGUGGAAAUAAAAUAAAAAUGAAGAAUGA